AUGCAUACUAUGCAAUACUCCAGCGAGCAGCAUAGGCCCCCCCCUCUAUGGGGCUUGGGAUUAUCAAACUCUCAGAAUAUAGCGUAUCAGCCCAUACCAUUACAGCAACUACCACCGGGGCAAGGCGAAAAAUAUGAUCCGCAUUUAGGCCCACCAGGCUACUACAACCCGCCGCCGCCCCAUCACCGCAAUUCGAUUCCUCCACCGCCACCUACACCACCCCCAGAACCAGAGGCCAAGUCUCAUGGUUUCUUUUCCGGGGGCUGGAGAAGUGGGGUGACAUAUGCCGCAAUCGCAACAUUCGUGGUGUUUCUCAUUAACCUCUCGGUGACGUUGUGGGCGAAUAAUAAGUAUAGAAAUGUGGGCGGUUUGGGAGUAUUGCAGCAAGGUGGAUGUGCGAAAAUUAAGAGGUCGAGUUUGUGGAUCCAUUUGGCUAUCAACGCCUUGAGUACGGCGUUGCUGAGUGCAAGUAAUUAUACGUCGCAGACCUUGAGCGCACCCACGAGGAAGGAGGUGGAUAGAGCUCACGCGAGACGGAGGUGGUUAGAUAUUGGGGUUUCAAGCUUAAGGAACUUGGGAAAGAUUAGCUGGACUAGAUUUCUGCUCUGGUUAUUUCUGAUGUUUAGUUCUGUGCCAUUGCAUUUCCUUUACAAUUCUGCCGUCUUUACAACGCUGGAAACGAAUUCCUACAGCACCACGACCGUCUCCGAGGGUGCCCUGGACAAAUAUCUCUCAAACACUACAAACAGCGAUCUCUAUUAUUUCACCGACCCCCGCACUUUUAACCACACCGACAAACUAGUCUGCAUGAAAGCCUACGGGAAACAAAUAAUCUCGGAUCGCCGAGACGUCAUCAUCGUGACCGACGGAAGUGCAGGUGCAAAAUUCACCGGCAGUCAUGGCUUUCAGGAAGCUGGCACAAAUACCGGACGCCAGCCCUUCGAUUGGCUAUGUGACAGCACCGGCGUUACAACACUCAGCUGCAAUAUUGACGACGCGAUCGCUCGAAUCGAUAACUGGAAAAUGAAUGGGGGUAAUGUUCAGUAUUGUCUGAGUGAAUACAUGGAAGAAAACUGUAGCCUGGGUUAUAGUCUCCAGAUAAUGACUAUAGUUAUUGUGUGUAAUGCUAUCAAAUGCAUCUGCAUGCUGUUGGCAGUGUUUCUCUCGAGGAAUUUGGAUGAUACAUUGGUUACAAUUGGGGAUGCUAUAGAAUCGUUUUUGAAUAAGAAAGAUUCAACGACAUCUGGCAUGUGUACAGCAAGUAAAAAGGAUAUCAAAGAUGGUGUUUGGGGACCAGUAAUGGCUCAAGGUUUGAGUAGGCCGAUGCAGGCACGUAUUUGGACGCCUCAAAGGAAGGCUUGGUUUCGGGCUGCCAGUAUUUGGCAGUGGGUUCUAUGUUUAGGACUUGCCUUAGUUGGUAUCGUCACCGUACUCGGCUUCCUCUUUAUCGGUAUCGCCAACUGGAACGAGUAUGGUGUCUCCCGUACUCCCGCCUCCAUGUGGAAACUGGGUUUUGGCGCUGUCAACACCCUCGCUCUAGCCGCAACUCCCACCAAUGCCUCUAGCACCAGCUACCGUGCUCUCGUCUCAGCUGUUCUUCUUUCCAACUUGCCCCAGGUUAUCUUCUCAUUCCUGUAUCUCCUCUACAACUCACUCUUCACCUGCAUGCUCCUAGCCUCUGAGUGGGAGCGUUUCGCUACAGACCGGCGCCCACUCCGCACAACUACCCCCAAGGGGGAGCAGAGGAGCACCUACUUCCUGCAUCUGCCCUACCGGUAUAGCAUCCCACUCAUGAUUGGGUCUCUUGUGAUGCACUGGUUCAUCUCGCAGAGCAUCUUCCUUGCGCGGAUCCUCGAGUUCAAAGGUGGGACGUUGACAAAUUACUCGAUAACAACUACCGGAUACUCUCCGAUUGCGAUUCUCUUCGCAGUGAUCCUGGGGCUUCUAAUGCUGCUGACAGUGUCGGCGAUGGGGUUGCGGCGGUAUUCGGGACAUAUGCCGCUAGCGGGGAGUUGCAGUGCGGCAAUCAGUGCGGCGUGUCAUACGCAGGAAUGGGCUGUGGCGGAGAUGCCGGUGAUGUGGGGUGUCACUGAGAUUAAUGGCGGAGUGGGGCAUUGUGCGUUCAGUGGGGCGGAGGUUGGGAAGCCGGUUGCGGGGGCGUGGUAUGCGGGGGAGAAGUGA